AUGCCCUUCGAGGUGUCCAUUGACAGCCGUGCCGUGACUCAGUACCAGUAUCUGUCGUGGCCGGAUCACGACGUUCCCUACGAGGCUGCAGGAGUCCUGGACCUGCUGGAGAGAGCCAGAACCAGCCAGGGAACACACAGCUCGCCUCUGCUGGUACACUGCAGUGCGGGCUGUGGGAGGACCGGAGUCAUCUGUGCUCUCGACUACAUCCAUGAUCUGCUGGUUACCGAGCAGAUCAACACGACAGACUUCAGCAUCAUGAACAUCGUCCUGCAGCUGCGGAGACAGAGACCCUCGGCAGUCCAGACUAAAGAGCAGUAUCAGUUCAUCUUCACAGCAGCCGUCUGUUUGUUCGAGCGACUCCUGAAGGCGGCGGCCGAUCGUCAGCUUUACUCCAACCUGUCGCAGAACGGGAAGAACGACACCGUUCCUACACCUCCGCAGAAGAAAUCUACAAAACCGUCUACUGUCUCCAAGAGACUGUCACCGCAGCCGGUCAUGAAUGACACGUACGCUGUGGUCAACAAGCCCAGACACUCCGUUACAGCAGACCCCGCCCACUCUGCUGUAGCCCCGCCCAGAUCCAGCAGGACCCUGCCCCCGUCCCAUUACUAUGACAACGACCCUGCAGGAGCAUCGGCCGUCUACAGCACCGUCAAACCCCGAGCUAAACCGAACAGCCUGCCGCUCUCGGCCACGCCCAUCUACAACACGCCACGGCCGUCCAAUCACAGGCUGGAGGAGGAGGGGCUGCUUCCAGCUGAACGUCAUCCUUCAACGGACCACGAUUAUGAAGAUGUGUCACCGUCGGCCCCGGAUGUGACUCUCUGCUCGCCUAGCGGUAUCGGGUUUAACUGUCGUAUUCAGAAGCCGAGAGGACCCCGAGACCCUCCGGCCGAGUGGAGCCGCCUGGAGAGAUGAAGUCAUUUAACUUCACUGGUUCCCAGUUCCCUUCGCUUCCAGACUGGGAAGAUAAAGAGCUGUUUUAUUGACGUUUUUUGUAACUUUUUUGAUGCUUCAUUUGACAUUUUGUCCAAAUUUCCAAUGAGGGUGUAUUCAAUGUACAUUAAGUAAUGUGGGAAUUUCCCCCCGCCGAUUGUCACAAUAAAAUACCAAGGAUAGCAGUCCGUCCGCAUCUUUAGGAAGGAAUAUUUGGGAAGGCUUAAACGUGCGGUAUACUCGCCGCAGCCGACCUGCCAAGCGCCAGUGUGACGUCAUGAGAUCGCCGUAACUGUUUAAACUCGCGCUGGUGGUCGAGACACCAGCUGCAGUCUUCUCGUGAACAGAGGUGGCGCUAAUGAGCAAAAUGCUACCGACGCUGCCAUUUCUACGGACUAGAACAAGAAAAAGGUAAACAACGGCAGAACUGGCAGCAGCAUUGACCUCAAUGCUUCGAUCUUAUUGGUUGAUCUACUUGGUCGGAUCGAGCCUUUCAUUCACCAUAACAGAACUCAUCUUAACCCGGUGAGUUUACCGGAGAGACUUGCAAUCAGUCUGAGAGUCCUGGCAUCACGUUCCCGGCAAAAUCGUGGUGGUGCACGCACUUUAAAUCCUGGCGCGCCAGUGAGAUCUACGUAAUUUUGA